AUGGACGCUGGGGACUUACACCCCGACUCGAACGCGCCGAACGGACGUCACGAUACUACGACUUCUUCGACCGAUGUCAGUCUCACCGAGAGAGACGGAACAACACAAAAUGGAGAGAAGGCUGUAGAAGAGGGCGCUACUGGAGCGAAUGACGCCGCUGUUGCACCGGGCGCCUCUGGUGCGCAAGAUGAGUUCCCCCAGAGAACGAAGCUACAGAUCUUCUUGAUCAUGCUCUCUCUGGCUGUGGCGGUUCUACUCGUUGCUCUGGAUAUUACCAUCGUCACGACCGCCCUACCCACGAUUUCGGCAGAGUUCAACAGCGCUUCGGGAUAUACAUGGAUAGGCUCGGCGUACCUCAUCGCACAGUCAGCAGCCACACCAAUCUGGGGUAAGAUCUCAGAUAUCUUCGGACGAAAGCCCAUCCUGUUACUCACAAACGCCAUCUUCUUUGUCGGUUCCCUCCUUGCAGGUGUGGCUGUCAACAUGGACAUGUUGAUCGCCGCAAGGGUGAUACAGGGUAUUGGUGGUGGAGGUCUCAUCACACUGGUCAACAUUACCAUAUCCGACCUCUUCUCUGUGCGGGACCGAGGUGCAUACUUUGGAAUCAUCGGUGGUGUAUGGGCCUUGGCGAGUUCCCUAGGGCCUGUUGUUGGAGGGCUCUUCACGCAAAAGGUCUCAUGGAGAUGGUGCUUCUACAUCAAUCUACCUUUCGACGGUGUUGCGUUCCUCAUCCUCCUGUUCUUCCUCGAUGUCAAGACACCAAAGACUCCGCUCCGUGAAGGCCUCAAAGCUGUUGAUUGGCUGGGUUCGCUCGCCAUGGUCGGUGGAGUCAUUAUGCUGCUCCUCGGCCUGGAAUUCGGAGGCAUCUCACAUCCUUGGGAUUCUGCCACAGUGCUGUGUCUCAUCAUCUUCGGAGCCGUAGUCAUUGGCAUCUUCUUCGCCAUUGAGUGGCGGGUAGCACCGUAUCCUCUCAUGCCCCUCGAUCUCUUCUCGAAGCGAUCGAACUUGGCUGCAUUGGCUACCUGCUUCUUCCACUCUUUCGUCUUCAUCAGCGGUAACUACUUCCUACCACUUUACUUCCAGGCUGUGCUUGGCGCGACACCUAUUCUUUCGGGAGUGUAUCUACUGCCUACUGCAGUCUCACUCUCAUUUCUCUCAGCUUUUACUGGUAUCUUCAUCAAGAAAACUGGGCAGUAUCUACCUAUGAUCUGGUUUGGCAUGAUUAUGAUGACACUGGGCUUUGGACUUUUCAUCGACUUUGACGUCAAUAGUUCUUGGGCCAAGAUCAUCGUCUAUCAGAUCAUUGCUGGAAUUGGUGUCGGUCCAAACUUUCAAUCACCGCUCAUUGCACUCCAGAGUCUCGUACCGGUAAGUUCCAUCGAAACUUUCUUUUUCUGCGCCUCCACAUGUGAUCAUUACACAUGA